GGGGGAGGGACGGGAGCACCGCGGCGGCGGCAGCGGGCAGCAUUCGCCGCAGGAGCCGCCGCCGGAGCCAGCCGGGCUAUCCCGCGCCCUCCGCAGCGCUCGCCGUCYGCCUCGCCGCCCCCGCCGGGGAGGCUGCGGGAGCCGGGCGGGGAAGAUGCCCCUGGCGCAGUUGGSGGACCCUUGGCAGAAGAUGGCUGUGGAGAGCACGGCCGAGAGCAGCACCGAGAAUGGACAGCAAGUUGUGGAUGAACCUAUGGGAGAAGAUGAAAUCAACCCACAAACUGAAGAAGGAAGUAUCAAAGAAAUUGCAAUAACUCACCAUGUAAAGGAAGGACACGAGAAAGCAGACCCUUCACAGUUUGAACUUCUGAAAGUACUAGGACAAGGAUCCUUUGGAAAGGUCUUCCUUGUCAAAAAAAUCUCAGGAUCAGAUGCUAGACAACUUUAUGCAAUGAAGGUAUUGAAAAAGGCCACCUUGAAAGUUCGAGAUCGAGUUCGGACAAAAAUGGAACGUGAUAUCCUAGUUGAAGUUAACCAUCCUUUUAUUGUCAAGUUACAUUAUGCUUUUCAAACAGAAGGGAAGCUGUAUCUUAUUUUGGAUUUUCUCAGGGGAGGAGACUUGUUUACACGCUUAUCCAAAGAGGUGAUGUUCACAGAAGAUGAUGUUAAAUUUUAUCUGGCAGAAUUAGCACUUGCUUUAGACCAUCUACAUAGCCUUGGAAUAAUAUACCGGGACCUAAAACCAGAAAAGUAAGGCUCCUCUGUGAAAAAUACAGC